CGUUGUCUCCUCACUGCUUAUCAUCGUGCACAUAAUUGCUCCCCCUUGGCUGGCAGAUAUAGACUGAGCACUUAAUACCUGAGCUUCUCCGAUUAUUAUUACUCUACCAGAUAUCUCUGCAUUCUUGACGACUUGGAGCUCGCCACCCAGUGUCAUUGAACGAAGCGUCUAGACCAAGACCAUAUAACUUCUCGCAAACACAUCAAUCAGAAAGUCACGACAUCAUGCCCUCUCAAGAAAGCAGCGCGCCCAUAAAUGUCAAGCUUCUUCUCAUCGGAAACUCCUCUGUCGGGAAGAGCAGUUUGCUGUUGAGGUUCUCAGACGAGCAGUGGUUACCAGAAGAUGAGGCGAGCGCGACGAUUGGUGUCGACUUUCGGGUACACAAGAUGGACGUGAAGGGGAAGAAGGUGAAGCUCAGUAUCUGGGAUACUGCAGGCCAAGAACGCUUCCGCACAAUAACAUCGUCAUAUUAUCGUGGCGCGCAAGGGAUUAUCCUAGUUUACGACGUUUCGAAUCGAGAGUCGUUCGACGCACUCCCGCGUUGGUUUUCCGAGCUCGAGACAUACGUCUCUAGCUCUGUCGUCAAGAUCAUUGUAGGGAACAAAGUAGACAAGGAAUACUCCCGUCAAGUUCCAACCGCCGAAGCCGAACAAUUCGCCGCCCGUCAAAACUGCCUCUUCGUCGAAGCCUCCGCAAAGACCUCAGUCGGAGUACGCGACGCCUUCCGGAACGUCGUAGCACAGAUCCUCGAUACGCCCGAACUCUGGGACUCCGCCGGGUCGAAAGCGGUGGCGAAGUCAAGCAGUAAGGGCGGUGCGGGCUCAGGGGCGGAGAGGACGAUGCCGGGGAAUAUUGAUUUGAGGGACGAGGGAGGGGCAGGAGAAGGUGCGGAGGGAGGGUGUAUGUGUUAGACUCCGGUUGUGUGGGCCCAUUAUUGUGAGGUCGGGCGAAUUCGAUGGUCUAUUUGUGUGGCGGGGAGUGUCAAUAGUGUGGCGCGAGGAUGGUGGGACGGUGGGGCGAGCAGGAGGACGUAAUGCGAUGAGAGUUCGGAGUGUUGGGUGUCGUGUGUGGGGUCGACAUGCUGGUGUUGAAACCUGGAUGCCGAUAUGUUCCAGCGCUAUCUACGUCCGGACCUCGGCCUCAUGCAUCACCCAUGUUCUGGGGCAGGGAGAUUUUGACGCUUUCAGUAUCUGGGGCCGCGUAUAUUGAAGCACGAGGUGGGAAAUACGUUGAUGCACGCCUUGGAGGUGUGGCUCUGGUAUGCAGAAAUGGUGCCACUUCCUUUGUUUUCCGAGUUAUUCCUGGUCAUGGCUUGCGUGGCCCUGCACUGGAACGACACGCUAGUUACGUGCUCCCAUCCCCUGCUUUCUCCAUUCCUUGCCUGGCUUAUCUUCGUCUGCAUGGUUAAUACGUGGUAUACACACUUCACACAUCCAUGGAUAUUUCGACGCUCUGGCUCUGAUUGGAUACUAGUUCUUUACGCUACGAUACGCCCACGACCAUACAUGUAUACACUUUCUGAUUCGUUGCCGGGUUGCUCACUCCCUGAUCCUCAUGCACUUUUUUCUUGAUCGUUCUUCUCUUUCUCUACAAAUAGUAUAUAAUGUAGCUUGCUUCUUGGGCUUGAGUGUUUGAGAGAGUAUAUAAUGUUCCUGUUCAGGCCUUCAAAAC